AGGUAUUCAACCUCGACAGCAUGAACCCUCGUCUGAAGGACAUGGAGUACGCCGUCCGCGGGGAGGUUCCUAUAAGGGCCGAGGAGAUUGCUGCUGAAAUGGAGGCCUGCGCCGCUAGCGGCCAGGAUCACCCCUUCAAUUUCUCGAGCCUGUUGCGAUGCAACAUUGGCAACCCGCAGUCGGUUGGCCAGCCGCCCAUAACCUAUUAUCGCCAAGUUCUGAGCUUGGUGGACUCCCCGAGCCUACUCCAGAAGAGCUCGAGCUGGAUGUUCAGGCGGGGAACUCAGAUCCCGUCCGAUGUGAUCGAGCGGGCUAGGUCUUUCUCCAGUAGUGGCAGUACUGGUGCCUAUUCGCACUCGCAGGGUCUGGCAUCGGUCCGUCGCGACGUCUGCGACUUCAUCGAGGCCAGGGACGGCGGCCCCGAGUGCGACAUCAGCAACAUAUUCCUCCUCAACGGCGCCAGCGCCGGCAUAACCAGUGUGUUCACGGCGCUCCUCGCGAACCCGAAGGAUGCGGUGAUGGUGCCGGUUCCGCAGUAUCCGAUCUAUUCGGCGCUGAUCACGCUUCUGGGCGGCAAGAUGAUUCCGUAUUAUCUGGACGAGGAGAACGAUUGGGGUCUGAGCGUCGAGGAGCUCCAGCGCGCCAUCGGUGAGGCUCGGAAGAAGGGCCAGCGCCCGCGCGCGCUGGUGAUGAUCAACCCCGGCAACCCCACGGGGCAGGUCCUGUCAGAGGAGACUCUGCGGAUGGUGGCGCGGUUUUGCGCAAAGGAGAAGCUGUUGUUUUUGGCCGACGAGGUCUACCAGGAAAACGUUUACCUGCCCGGGUCCAGGUUCGUCUCUGCCAGGAAGAUUGCUCACGAGCUGGAGCAGACCUCAGCUGGAGCAGAGCGGGUGGAACUGGUAUCUUUCCAUUCCACGUCCAAGGGACUGAUUGGCGAGUGUGGACGUCGGGGAGGUUCAGGGCUCGAGCUAAUCGGUGUUUUGGCGAUCUCGUGGACCGUGUUCGUUUUGAUGUCGUUUCACAGCAAAGGCGGAACGAAGCCAGAAUCAUGAAAACGACAACCAACACGAACACGAAAAAACACUGCUGAGCUCGAGCCCCCCUGGGGAGGCUACAUGGAGUUUUGGAACAUCGACCCCCAGGUGCAUGCGCAGCUGUACAAGCUGCAGAGCAGCCAGCUCUGCCCCAACCUGGACGGGCAGGUCAUGACGGGCCUCAUGGUCCGACCACCAAAGCCUGGCGAGCCCAGCUACAGGCUCUUCGAGGAGGAGUCCUCCCGUAUAUUCGGCUCGUUGCAGCGCAAGGCCGCCGCGCUCACCGCCAGGCUGAACGAGGUCGACGGGGUGACCUGCAACGCCGCCGCCGGCGCCAUGUACGCCUUUCCGAUCGAGCUGCCUCGCAAGGCGAUCGAGGAUGCGGAGGCGAAGGGCCUGGCGCCCGACCUGAUGUACUGCCUGUCUUUGCUGGAGGCCACGGGCAUCGUGACCGUGCCUGGCACGGGCUUUGGACAGAGGCCUGGCCAGUGGCAUUUCCGGAUCACCUUCCUGCCCGAGGAGAAGGACCAGGCUCGCCCGCGCCCUCGACGCCUUCCGCGACCACCACGAGGCAUUCGUGGCGAGGUACGCGGACUGAGGCCGCGCGGGUCGUACGAGGCACGGCCCAGGGACCGAGCGCUGCACGCCACCGCCAGCCUCGGCCAGGCCCACCAGUCCGAGGCUGGAAUUUCAGCAGCCGCUGCCGAUUUAGGAAACCACUUUCGGUUGGGCAUCGUCCGCAUCCUUCUUUCCGUCCCCAGGUUUGGCGUGCCGAUCUUGUUCCCCAUUAUGCCCGACUUAACAGCACGCUCUCCUUGGGCUCCCCGGCGCCGGUGGCCGCGCGCAGCGGGCUCCCCGGCUGCAGGAGUGCAGGCCCCGCCAGGCCCUGAUUCUGAGAAGGCCUUCCAGGGCUGUGCAGCGUCCUCGGGGCUUCCUUUCAGGCCGGCAUCCGCCCGGAGGCGGCUGCCUCGUAGGGGCCUGGUGAGCCUGGUGCAGCCUCUGUCUCAGCGUCGCGUCCCUGUGCGCUACACGUCGCGAGUUCUUCGUGCAGCCUUUCAGUUUUGUAUUGCUGGCAGGUCUGUACUUAGAGGGAUCAAGUCGAUCAGGUUGUAUGAGCCUUCGGCCCUGUCGAACUUGGAUCUGAACUUUUUGAGGAAGCAGCUCAGCUGACUCAAGCAAGCGUCCCGCUCCGCCCGCAGCAUUUGUUUCGCUAUCCUGGCGCGUGCGGCAUAAUCAA